AGCUUACUUAGCCUAGUGAAUACACCACAAAAUCAAAGUACAAGAUAAAAUUGUUUGUAUAUAGCGUAUUUGCACACGCGCACGAAAACUCGAAUAGAUGGCCACAUUAUGUUUACUCGAAUCGAGUUAGACAUAGAUAGCUACAAUGUGAUCGUAUACUUUUUAAUAGGUUCUUCCGCAUAUGCAACGAGAAUAUGGGACCUCCUCCACCAGUACUGUUAUCCAUACGAUAAUCACCUGGUUUUUUGUGAUCAAUGGUCUCUGCCACUUCUUUUUAGCUGUCGCGUUACAACCCAACUCGCGUAAUGAACGGAUCAGCGAGCUUUGGACGCCUUAUAGUAAAACAGCAAAACCAGAACCUUAUGCAGAUGCCCACGCAGGUUCAGUACCAAAUUCCGUAGUAGCAAAUUCCAUAGUGGAUAAGACUAGCGGAUCUGAUCGCUGUGAUAACGUAACGUUGUCAAAUACAUCUGCAAUUUCCGAUGGUGCUCACGCUCAACAGGAUAGACUUGAUGACAACGUCAGCCGCAUAGAGGUAGCAAGUGGCACAAUCACAGCUAAAAUAAAAGGAGAGAAUUCUGAAAUGGAUAACGCUGCCGAAGUGAAGGCACAGGAGUUGUCGUCAAAGAAUUCAAACGUUCAUGAGGGCCAUAGCAAAUCAGAAUCCUGCGCCGGUUUGGGAGGCCCACUGACGUUCAUGGCUGUUCCUCUGUCAGCGCUCAAUAUUCUGGUGCUGAUAAUCCUACUGCUGGAGGUGUUGGUACUUUUCGUCGAUAUAUCGACGUUCAUGUGGUUCAAAGGGCUCGACCGUGGUAUGAUCAAACACACUCGAGGUGCUUAUGAGUACGCUGUCCGAAAAUCGCGUAUACCAGGGAAAGCAAGUCGGUUCGAAGUGUUGCUGAAAGGACCGCUACGGAGAAACGGAUACAUCAUGGCACUAAUCCCACCACUGCACAUUUUGGCCCGAGUCUGCUCUUUUAACGUAUCGCUAUAUCUGCGGCCAAAUAGCAGGGAAUGCCAUGACAAUAGCAAGUCAAAGUCAAAACCACACGACAAGAACUGCUGAAAUAAAGGGGGAGGGAAACGCAGAGGGGAACAUCGUUGAAGUCUGCGAGGCAGUAUUGAACUGUCACGUAGCACCCGGUGGGAAAUUAGCAACGGGAGAAGGCAUACUUUCGUUUCUAAGCCUCUGAAGGAGCUC